AUGUCGCCAAGUCAAACACAAAUAGAAAAAUCACAACUAGCUGCACCAGAACCAGAACAUUGUCCGGGUCCGGAAUCGGAGCUUGCUGGUAAGGGAGAUGCAUGUAAAGGAUGUGCCAAUCAAGAAAUAUGUUCUUCACUGACUCUUAAAGGACCAGAUCCUGAUUUACCAAUUAUAACUGAAAGAUUAUCUGCUAUAGAUCAUAAAAUAUUAGUAUUAAGUGGGAAAGGAGGUGUUGGGAAAUCUACAUUCACAUCAAUGUUGGCAUGGGCCAUUGCUGCUGAUGAAGAAAUCGAAGUGGGAGCUAUGGAUUUAGAUAUUUGUGGUCCAUCAUUACCACGUAUGUUGGGAGCAGAAGGUGAAUCAGUACAUCAGUCAAAUUCAGGUUGGUCUCCAGUAUAUGUGGCGGAUAAUUUAGGAUUAAUGAGUAUUUCAUUCAUGUUACCCGAUCCUGAUCUGGCAAUUAUUUGGCGUGGAGCUAAAAAAAAUGGAUUAAUUAAACAAUUUUUAAAAGAUGUCAAUUGGGGUGAAAAACUAGAUUAUUUAGUGGUGGAUACGCCUCCUGGGACUUCCGAUGAACAUUUAUCAGUGACAACGUAUAUGAAAGAAGUUGGUAUAGAUGGAGCAUUAAUAGUGACUACACCUCAAGAAGUGGCAUUAUUGGAUGUACGGAAAGAAAUUGAUUUUUGUCGGAAAGCCAAUAUAAAAAUCUUGGGACUUGUGGAAAACAUGUCAGGGUUUGUUUGUCCUAAUUGUAAGGGGGAAUCACAAAUUUUUAAAGCAACUACUGGUGGAGGUAAAAAAUUAUGUCAAGAAUUGGGAAUUCCCUUCCUUGGUUCAGUACCAUUAGAUCCAAGAAUUGGUAAAGCAUGUGAUAUGGGUGAAUGUUUUUUCGAUAGUUAUCCUGAUUCUCCAGCAGCAACGGCAAUAUUAGAUGUUGUUGAUGCCUUACGAGAUCAAGUAGAGUUGAACUUUGAAAAUUUAGCAAUUAAGUAA